AUGAGUCCGUCCGAGAAUGAAUAUGAAGAAACCAUUGCAAACUUAAAGCAAGAGAAAGAAGACCUCGAGAAGCAGGUCAGCAUGCUGAAUGAACGGAACAGGAACCAGGCAAUGUUGCUGAAACGAUUGGACAGUGCCCGGCAAACCGAUCGAACUGAAUACGAAGCUCAGAUAUUGGAGUUGAAAGAAGCCUUGUCACAAGAACGAAUCAAGACUAGAAGAGCUGCCAACUUUCAAAAUGGUCCCUGGUCUCCGUCCGCCUCACAACGAUCCGUCAUGGCACCAAUCACAUCACCCAGACAAACAACGCAAAGUGAAGGGGAUCCUCGACAGGUUUCCCUAGAUGAUCGUAAGAGCUGGAAAGAUUCGACCGGAAGUCUAACCUCAUCCGGUAGUGAUCGAUUGGGCAACACCGCACAAGUUCAGAGUGCUUUGCUCGGUGCUGCCAUGAAACAAAAGCAACGCAAGCAGAACAAGGGUGGCUUUUGGAGUCUGUUUGGGAACGACAACCAUAACGAAGAUACCGAAAGCGAAUCGGCCAAACGGGAUGCUGCGAUUCUGAAAAAUAAUGAAGAGAGCCGCACAUCGAUACUGACCAAAGAAAUCAUGCAAGCGCUGGAAGAAAACAAGCGUGUCAUUGUGGAACGAGAAGAGGAGCUCUCGGCACGAGAAGAGGUCCAACGCGUGAAGGAAGAGGCCAUUCGCAAGAAUCAGCAGCGCCGAAUGUCUGAAAAAAUGAGCUCCAGUUUUGGAUUGCUUAGUUUUGGUAGCGACAAUAUUGACGAAGACGGGGAUAACGUCAGGGCACCUACAACACCAGAUCAGGUGAAUAUGAUGAACAUCAGCAAGCUUCGAGAUUCGGAUUUAUUGGACGUGGAUACACUACGGCGACUCAUUGCGGACCGAACCGCAGGUAUGAAAGAAGAAGACAUGACCGAUAAGACCAGCAUUGUGGUGGGUAGGGAAGAAAAAGAAGAUGGCAGUGAGAGCGAGUACGAUCCUGAAGGGGAUGACGAGCUAACAGCAGCCGCUGAAGACUGA